AUUUAUUUCAAUAUAAAGAAUUUUAUGGAAACAGGAUUUAUUCCAACAGAUAAUAACGAACCAAUCAGAGGAAGAGAAAGAUCGACCUGGAAGGCCAUUGCCAAGUUUGAAAGGAGACUAUUCAUAGACUACGAUUAUAUCUUUAUAAAAGACCCUGCAUUCCUAGCACUAAGAUUUCCCCAGAGUCCGCAUCAUUUUCCUUCCCAACUGAUAAAAGAUUUAGUCAGAUUAGGACAUAAACUUUAUGAAAAAUAUACUAUCUGUCUUGACUACCAAGAAGAGAUUGAUUUGAGGUAUUUUUAAAGGAUUUUUGAAAGUUUGUAUGCCAAAGACUUCAUCAUUUGUUCUCAACAGAGGCAACUUAAAGGAACUCCUGAUAAUCCCUAUUCAUUUGUCAGAACUCUCAUCUUCUCAGAAUGUUGCCCAAUUAAAAUUCACACAGAAGAUGCUAUGAUGGUAAUGAAUAUUAUGAGAGGUAUUUUAAGAUCGAAUUGAACUACGUCAAUACAACGAGAGGCUAAAUUUGUUUUAAGCAAACCUGGGAUUGAGGAUAUAAAACUGGAGAUGAGCACAAAACCGCUUUGGGAAAAAUGAGAAUUUGAGUUAUCAAAUAGAUCAAUUCUCUUUAAGUAUGGC